UCGAUCGCACAGUCAUUCCCGGUUGGAAGUCAAUAGUGAGCAGUGAGAAUAAUCAGCUCGUUCAAGAUGAAUAUCAAGUUGAUCGCACUUGUUGGUUGUAUUUUGGUCCUGAGUUUGGUGGCUGGACAUUGCGGAGGUGGUCACUACCAUGGCCACCAUCACGGUGGGCAUAAUGGACAUCACGGUGGCCAUAAUGGACAUCACGGUGGCCAUCAUGGGCAUCACGGACGGCAUCAUUGGCAUCGCCAUGAACCGUUCGUGAACUUUGAAGUUCACGAACCGAAAGGAUUAACGGUUUCCAUGGUUCAACGGUCUCCGAACAGUACAUUUUUCGGAAUUGAGCUGUUAAUUAACCAGGAUCCAAAGAAUGUCAAUGAAACACAUUGUGACGUUUGCCAGAACACCACGACGGUUACCUAUGGGAAGUUUAUCGUGGAAGACGAGGUAGUUGUCAUCAAAAAGGGAGACGUAUUGUACUACCAGGUUUUGUUGGGAGAUAGCACUAAUGUUACCCGUUUGCAUCCGCAGCGAUUGUGGGUCACUGACUCGAUCAUCAACAAGUGCAAUUGUGAAACGACAUCUGAGGACCCACAUAUUGACGUCCGCUUUGGACAACCUACUAAAAAACCGGAUCAUCGCCCAUCUUUUGAAGUGACAUCAAACCCACCAGAAGACGCAACAGAUUUACCCUCGGAAUUUGAUGAAGAGGGUAAUACACAACUGAAUGAAUUGUAUUCCAAUGAAAAUGUCCUAUUCGAGUGCGAGGUAGAUCCCGCGACAAAUCUGUGCCGUACGGCCAAGAGCGAAAAACUCACUCACUCCGACGGUGAUCUCGAGCGUGAAGUAGAAAUCCUGGAAGCAAUUGUGGAGAAAAUGAGGAAAUCCUGUGGAUCUCGUGGCACUACCAACUUGGUUCGGUUGGAGAAGUUUGAUUUGGACAUCAGCAACACGGAACAGGUAACGGACUACAUCAGGUCUUCGUUUUCGAUCAACCCGGAAAUGCGACAGUUGGCCAACAGGAUUCUUCGCGUACUGCCGGAAAGUGGUUCGCCGCGGGUCGUUCUCCUUGACAUGACUAGCUACGCGGACAAGCAGAAGGUGUUGUACCACGCCCAGACGAACAAUCUGAAGCACAUAAGUGACUACGAUUCGAGACGGUUUGGACGGCCUAGCCGCAGACAUUAAAGCCAUGAUGGAAGAAUAGAAUGAGGUUCGUCAAUUCAAGUCAAGUCGAGAAAUCACAGUUGAUGCUUCAAAUUGAAAUGGGAUAUGUGAAGGUCAAAUGUUUUCUAUGAAAGUGUUUACAUCUAGUGAUAGGAUGAAUCAAGUAAAUAAAGCAUGUCACUCAAU